AUGGCCCAACCCAGGACCACGUGGGAAUUGAACCCAGAAGCUACUCGCUUCACGUGGUGGAACCCAGAAGCCACUCCCUUCACGUGGUGGAACCCAGAAGCCACUCCCUUCGAACCACACUUCCCACACAUAUCCGAGUACCCCACGCCAGAGGAGAUCCUUUCCUUGCAGCAACUGGCAUACUCACCCAUCUCCGAAGCCACGACGCCGAGAAGCACCUCCAACAAUACGCCUGUCCAGAACGUCGCCACGCCACGCCAACACCCAGUGCACUGGCUCGACGAAGAACUCGCUCGCUGGGGUGAUGCAUACUCCGAGAUUGGCGACGAUGACCACGCCGCCAACAACACUCCUCCUACUCCUCCUCCUUCCCCACAACGACAACAACAACUACGACAACAACCACCACCACAACCACCACAACCACAACAACAACUCCUCCGAGAUCCACAACAAGAAUAUCUCAUCAAUCUGAUUCCGAUUCCAAUUCGACGAAAGAAAUGUUUCAUUCGAAGAAAAUCCAUCUUUUUCCCUCCCAAAUCAGAUUGA